AUGCUGCUCCGGACGCCGUGCACACCUCGCAUCGCCAGGAGACACACAAAUCGCAUACAAUGGCGACGAAUACCGCUGCGAUGCUAUUCUUCAGCCAACUCGAGCGAUCCGCCAUGGUUCCAACAGCUGCAGAGCGAAUUGCUGCAACGAGACGUUACUCAUAUUCGUGACCAACUCACCGACACGCACGGGAUUAAGCUCUCGCAAACAUUAGCAGGAUUCUUGCCUCGAUCAUGGUGCCGUUCCCUGAACUACAGCGGUUCACCGAUGACUUUUGGAGAUCACUUGAUAUGGUUCAAUCCGGCGGAGCCGACCCUCAAAUUACUUCCAGACGGGACAGAUGCAACACAUAGCCCAGGCGAGCCAUGGGUGCGGCGCAUGUGGGCUGGCGGCUCGAUACAGCUGAAACCUAAUGGCUAUCUCGCAUACGCUCGCUGCUGUACAGCAGGCACGGUCAUGGUUGGUACAGAGCAAAUAAAGCAUGUACGACUACAUGGAGAGGGCGAUACCGCCAAGAUCUUUGUCACAAUCGAGCGGCGCUUCGCAGGCUUUGAAGGCGCAGAGAGAGGUGUCGACAAGGGGAAGCACGGCAAGAGACCACCGGGCGUCAGUGUGCACUCUCAAGAGGUCCGGGAAGACCUCACACAGCAAUCGCGUGCUGAGGUUGACGAUGGCUGGGGCGAUGCUGUUCUAAAAGAGGAGCGCAACCUGGUCUUUUUCAAGGAACGUACCGCUGCAGAACUCGAGGCUGUCAAAGCUGGCCAAAUGGCGACUGUCAAGUACUUAGAUCCCCCUGGAAACCCCGACUUUUCGCACACCCUCACACCGAACCGCGCCCUUCUCUUCCGCUUCUCUGCUCUCACAUUUAACGCCCAUCUCAUCCACCUCGAUCCCGACUACGCUCGUAACGUCGAGGGCCACCGUAAUCUGCUAGUUCACGGGCCGCUUUCAUUGACCCUCAUGUUGAAAACGGUGAAUCAUUACGUGCACCAACAAACGAAAGGGAAGCAAGUUUCAGAGUCCAUAGAAUAUCGCAACCUAGCACCGCUUUAUUGCGACGAGGAAAUGCGCAUAUGCUGUUCGGAGAAGAAGAAGUUGCAGAAUGGCAGCAUAUAUGAUGUAUGGAUUGAGGGGCCUACUGGUGGCGUUGCUGUCAAGGGCACUCUUCGCACGACAACAAAUGAUGCUUGGACAAAAAAGGAUACCAGCAUCGCCCAAACACAUAGCGCCACACCAACCGAUGAGCUGAAGACGAAAUGGCCUUCUUUCAAAAGGCCUGAAUACCCUAAGCUCAAAAGGAAGUUACUCAACACGACCAACAGAGCUAGGAAGAUGGCUAAGAGCUCUAAGAAUGGUACUCAGGUUCACGUCGCAUCAGGGGACCAGCGGCCAUCGCAAGACUCGCCGACGCCUCCAAGCUCAGAGCCUACGACAAACCCUGAGCCCUCUGCAGAUUCCGAGUCCUCGACAAGUUCUGAGCCUUCUACUCAGAACCAAGGUGAGAUUUCAAGCCAGUCUACUUCCAGUGGAACUACCUCUCAACCACCGUCUAGAGAAGUAACUUCCGCAAUCGCACACGAAACAAACCGAGCAUACCGCCGCAAACGUGCCCAUAACACCAAAGCCUACAAUUUCAUCACCCUUCCCCCCAGCGAACCGCCACCUGCCCGUAUCGUCAACUCUUACACGCCCGUAAAACCGACGCUAUCGGUACGGGCGAAGGAGCUUCUGCGCCGCGCCCGCCGACGUAAGCCAGCCAAGAUUAAGGUUGAUCCUAUCCCGUUGGUGCGCAGAUUUGAUGCGAGGCCGUAUACUCCAGAUCCUGUUCGGACUGCUGCGAGGCAUAGCAGGUAUUUGAAAAGAGGCGUCAGGAAGAUGGAAAAGCUUAAGAUUCGCCACGUUGCUUUGCCUUCUGGUCGUGAGACAGGAAGACGGAGGGUGGUUAUAAAACGUUACUCAAAAUAG